CACGUGUGUGUGUUUGGUUUCUAGCAUCAGUCUGGUCAUAGAUUCUCAAAAUGGAAACAGAUUAUACACAACAACAACCUUAACCACAGAAAGCUAGUUCCUGCACAUCGGUACCAGCAAGGAUGUUCCCCAGCCUGGCCCACAGACCCUGGCAUGUCAUCUGCAGGGUCUCCUUGCAGCGUAGGGCGCCUCUGUCCCAGCGGCCCCCGAGGUUCCCCCAGCUGUGCCAAGGGUGGCAAAGCGGAGGCAUACAUUCUUUGUGGUUCAGCCUUCCAGACUGCCGUGUUGCUUCUCUAGGGCUGAGCAAGGUGCAAUACUACUCUACCUCUGGAGAUAAUAAAGAUGGUCCCCCAAAGACUGCAUCCGAUGAUGCUCCUGUGGCUGAAAAGGUGUUGGCUGCUGCAAAAGUCACAGAAGAUGGUUCUGGUUCGACCAUUAAGGGGCUGACUAAAACUGAAACAAUUCAAGUGAAAGUGCGGGCUGUCCUGAAGAAAAGGGAAUACGGAGCCAAGUACACUCAGAACAACUUUAUCACUGCUGUCAGAGCCAUGAACGAGUUCUGCCUCAAACCAAGUGAUCUGGAGCAACUUCGAAAGAUCAGAAGACGCAGCCCCCACGACGACACAGAGGCUUUCACUGUGUUUCUGCGGUCAGACGUGGAGGCCAAAGCUCUUGACGUUUGGGGAAGCCAUGAAGCUUUAGCCCGAGAGAGAAACCUCAGGAAAGAGGUGGAAAGAGAAUACCAAGAGAAUAUUUUUCGGAAUCAACAGUUGUUGAAAGAAUACAAAGACUUUUGGGGAAAUACUAAGCCUCGAUCAGGCAAGAGGACAACAUUUCUAGAAGGGCCAGGAAAGGUGGUCAUGGUCGCUAUUUGCAUCAAUGGGCUGAAUUUCUUUUUCAAGCUCCUGGCUUGGGUCUACACUGGAUCAGCUAGCAUGUUCUCCGAGGCCAUCCACUCUCUGGCCGACACCUGCAAUCAGGCCCUGCUUGCUCUGGGAAUCAGCCAAUCAGUCCGCAACCCUGACCCUGGGCACCCGUAUGGCUUCUCCAACAUGCGUUACAUCGCCUCCCUCAUCAGCGGCGUGGGUAUUUUUAUGAUGGGAGCAGGCCUCUCCUGGUACCACGGCAUUAUGGGACUGCUGCACCCACAGCCCAUUGAAUCUUUGCUAUGGGCCUACUGUAUUUUGGCAGGCUCUCUGGUAUCUGAAGGAGCCACAUUGCUUGUAGCCGUCAAUGAGAUAAAGAAGAGUGCCCAAGUGCAUGGACUCUCUUUUUAUGAAUAUGUGAUGCAGAGUCGAGAUCCCAGUACUAAUGUCGUGCUGCUGGAGGAUGCUGCUGCUGUGCUUGGCGUAAUUAUGGCCGCCAGUUGCAUGGGGCUUACCUCACUCACAGGUAACCCGUACUACGACAGUUUGGGCUCCCUGGGCGUGGGCACGUUGCUGGGCGCCGUCUCGGCCUUCCUGAUUUACACGAACACAGAGGCGCUGCUGGGACGCUCCAUACAGGCUGAACGCGUUCAGAAGCUCACAGAGUUCUUGGAGAACGACCCUGCUGUAAGGGCUAUCCACGAUGUGAAGGCCACUGAUUUGGGCCUCAGUAAAGUGCGCUUCAAGGCUGAAGUUGACUUUGAUGGCCGAGUGGUGACACGGUCUUAUCUGGAAAAACAAGACAUUGACCAAAUUCUCAAUGAGAUUCAGCAAGUGAAGACCCCCGAGGAGCUGGAGAUCUUUAUGCUGAAACAUGGAGAGAACAUCAUUGACACCCUGGGGGCUGAGGUGGACCGCUUGGAGAAAGAACUCAAGCAACGUAACCCAGAGGUUCGUCAUGUGGACUUGGAGAUAUUAUAAUAUUUGCUGAGUCUCUACUGUAACGGGAACCUACCAGAAGAAAAGGUGAAAGGAUGGCCAAGCCUGCCUCCGCAAUCUGCCUCCCAUUCUGAAACAAAACAAACCUCCGUCUUUGCCCAAGUCAUCAAGUCUUACUGUAGGAGAGCCCAAAACCAUAUACAAGGACAAUGUCGGGGCAAUAAUUGUGCUUUCUUUGAGUUGCUUGAACUUAGUCGUGAGUUAGUUGUACCGAGACUUUACGCUCCAGUGCGAGUUUCUGGUUAAAGACUGUCAUUAAUCCUUGAAUUUUAAGAGAAAUGUGAAUCUGUGUCACAGUUCACACAAAGGUACAACAGUGUAGUCUGGUUUUUGGCUUGUAUUCAUUCCUCCAUGUGAUUGGGUUUGGUUGAAAUUAUGAGUCUUUCAGAAUCAAGAACAGGACCAGUAUCAGUUCACAGACUUGUACUUAACUUUAAUGUUAUGCUUGAUCCACAGUGAUAGUGUUUCCUUCAUUAGUACAAAGGAAACCUGAGAGCUACAUAUUCAAACAGGACUUAUUUAAUUGCUAGAAAAUAUAUGUUUUUCUUUCUGUUAAUGUUAAAACUGAGGAACUGAAAAUGCCGAGAUGACAGAAUUUGUAAAGAAUAGCUUUGUAUUGCAAAUACUUGAAAAAUAUGCAAAAAUAUGUUAAGACUUUUCAUUUGAUUUAUAAUAUAGAGUGAUUUUAUGUUGAAUACAAUAGCACCUAACAAGCAUCAGCUUAUGCAAAAGUAUAUUAGAAAACUUUAACAAAUGUAUCAAUGAAACCUUUAUUAGGGAUCUUAAUCUUUACAGAUGGUUAAAUAAUAAAAAAAAUAAACACUGUUACAAGCCAGGAAUGUAGGCAGUGGCAUCCCUCUCUUUGCCAGCUCCAAACUCAAAAAUGUAUUUUACUCUCAAAUUUUAGGUUAAGUAACUUUGUCUCGUGAGGUUGGCAGCUGAUCAGGAGAUGACUGAUUGUACUGUUCCAAAGAUGGGAUGAAAAUGUCCUCGCCCCUUUUCCCACCCAUUUUAAAUAAAUUGUCUAUAAUGACACAAAGUGUCACUCAAAUGGACAAUCCCCACAUCAUUCAGCUUUCAUCCUGUGUUGAGCUGUACAAAUGGCUGUCAAACAUGGAAAUGUCAAUGUUUCAGUAUCUCAAAAUGUAACCAGUGUACAGUGUGUGUAUACCAGAUCAUCAAGUGAACUUUAUCUUAUUAUGAAACAUACUUAAACUGUGCUUUCACUUCAAGCUCUGUAUUUACUGCCAGCACACAGUUACAGCUGCAGCAUGGGACACACCUGCCUGCUAACAAAGUUAAACCUCUCAUUCUGCUUCAGGAGGUGGGCCGGCCAGAAUCAUUUCAUCUGUGUUGGGAGGGUUAAAAUAUAUAUUUUUGAAGGUGUUAAUAGUGUAAUAUUUCCCUUUGGUUAUUAUGAUGUUGCCACUGCUGAAGGAGUUGGAAUAAAUUUGAAAUAAUUUAUUAAAUUAUUUUGCUUUCCUUUUUGGCAUGCAUGUGUAUUUCUUUCCUUUUUUCAUGUUA